CCGCUCCUCCUUGAGAAACUGAAAAUAAAAGCUCUGUGAAAUGCGAAGGAUUUCAAACGUUACUGUCAAAAUCUGGUCCCCUCUCACUCUACACCAGCUAACGGAGUAACGGUUCCUCGGCGUCUCCACUCGCUCGUGCGGCGGCGAUAUCAUCGCAAAUCGUUCGAUCCGACUUCUCACCUGCGCUCGGCUAACGGGAUUCAAGAUGAUUGGAUCUUUUCUAACUAGAGCACUUGUGCUGAUAUUUGGCUAUGUUUAUCCUGCAUAUGAAUGCUUUAAAACUGUGGAGAUGAAUAAGCCUGACAUUAUCCAACUUCGGUUUUGGUGCCAGUAUUGGAUUUUGGUUGCUGGAUUGACUGUGUGUGAAAGGAUUGGUGAUAUUUUCAUUGGCUGGGUUCCAAUGUAUGGUGAAGCUAAGUUGGCCUUCUUUAUUUACUUAUGGUUUCCUAAAACAAAGGCGGGCAAUCUUCUUUUCUGUAUCUUCUGUGUAUUUCAACUUGUAUCCCAAUUGUGCAUUCUAAUUAUGCUACCUUCACUAAAUUGGUUUCAGGGAACUGCUUAUGUUUAUGACUCCUUCUUUAGACCAUAUGUUGCGAAGCAUGAAACAGAAAUUGAUCGUAAUUUGGUAGAGCUGAAAUUAAAAGCUGGAGAUAUGGCUGUCUCAUACUGGCAGAAGGUUGCAACCUAUGGCCAGACUAGAAUUUUUGAUAUUCUGCAGUAUAUUGCUUCGCAGUCACCUCCACCUCGACCAGUUCAGAGAGUUGAGAAACCCACGAAUGGACAACCACAACCCACAUCUCCUGCUUCUGGUGCAUCUUCAAGUGAGCAGCUAGACGACACAACAGAUGAAGCAGAGCGUUCUCAAGAUUCAAAACCUAAAACUGUGCCCGCGGUCGUCUUGAGUGAACAGAAAACGACUCCAACCUUACCCCUCACUGAGACGGCGAAAUCUUCGACUUCCAGUGAAAUGCAAGUUGAUUCAGUCCCUCUGGCACCAAAGGAAUCCGUUCAACCUCCUACUCCACAAGAAGUAGUCAUGGAAGAUCCUGUCCGAGUGACACGAGCUAGGUCUCGCAGAACACGCCAUCCAUCGUCGGAUCGCUUAGAUAAGUAGUAGUUACUUCAACUUGUAAUUACUCGCAAGGUGAAUGGAUUGCUGGGUUGUUGAUGCUGAUGUACAUUCUGCCACUGUCGACAAAUACAUGUUAUGGUGUCAUAAUUUCAUAAAUUCAAAAGUUAUAGUAUUUCUUUGACGAUUA